AAGCAUUCAUUUCUAUUGUCUUUCAUUCAUUGAUCACAAGAUGCACCUCUAUAUUUUAUUCGUCAUUCUCUUCAGUCACUAUGGAUUCUCCUCUCCUUUGAACGAGACCAGUACUCUAUCUAAGGAGUCAUUAUCCAACUCCACCGAUCCUUUUGUCAUGUCCCCUUCAAAUGAAUCUGGCUCAACUCCUUCUCUUCCCGAUUCUGGUGAUGAUAAUGAAGCAAAUCACCCCAAGACCUUCAUUCCACCGGCGAAUACUUCUACAGUUCAACCACCCACUCUCGUUCAAUCACAACCAGUGCUUUUAAGCUCUACCACCACCUCUGGCCAUACCGCGUCGAAGACGAGACCAACCAUCCUUCUAUCUUCGACUUCAACGAGCUACCACACAUCGACUGCCCCCACUGCGGACUCGAAUCCACCUCAGAAAGCCCCAAUUCAGCCAACAGAUCUGGGUAAAUCGUGCGUAUGCAGCUGUAAUUGGGAGGUGAAUACCCAUAUUACAUUCGAUUUUCGAUGAUAAAUCACAUACUCUGGGGAUAUGCAGCGUUGCGAUAGAAAGUAAAUCUGCUGUAUGGAUACACCGGUAGACUGGAAUAUGCCAUUCCUUCUCCUGGUGGGAUGGACUUGGAUGUAUUUACUUCUAUACUCGGGUGAUGAUUAUUUUGCGCACUGUGUAUUUAGAAGAAUGAUUGAAUCAAUGAUGAUUGAAUUACCUUUUAUCACUCUGC